GGCGGUGCACGCGGCGCUGGUCCUCGCGCUCCGGUAGCGCCGCUCGAGGCGCGGGGCUGCGCUCCGCCGUGCUGCACCGCCGGGUGGUCCCGGUGGGGGAUGCGGUCCCUCGGGGUGUAGAGAGAGAGAGAGCGCGCAGCGCCCCGGCAGGAUGUCUGCGAGCGGCGCGGCGCUGCUGUGGGCGCUGCUGUGGGCGCUGCUCGGCGCCCCGGCGGGCGCGCAGCUGUCGGGGGAAGCCGCCUGCCGCCCGGUGCGAGCCUCCUUCCAGGCGCUGCAGCCCGCAGCCAAGUGGGUGCCCGAGAGCCCCGUGCCAGGGUCCGAUCUGCAAGUAUGUAUCCCGAAGGGCUCAACGUGCUGCUCGAGGAAGAUGGAAGAGAAAUACCAGGCAACAGCGCGCCUGAACAUGGAGCAGCUCCUGCAGUCUGCCAGCAUGGAGCUGAAGUUUCUCGUCAUCCAGAAUGCUGCUGUCUUCCAAGAAGCUUUUGAAAUUGUAGUACGACACGCAAGAAACUUCACCAACAGCAUGUUUAGGACCUACCAGAGCAUGGGGCCCAGAGCUCUUAAGUUUGUUGGAGAACUUUUUACUGAUGUCUCGUUGUACAUAUUGGGCUCUGACAUCCAUGUUAAUGACAUGAUAAAUGAAUUUUUUGACAGUUUAUUCCCUUUGGUUUAUUCUCACUUGAUUAAUCCCGGCUUCCCUGAUCCCUCUGUGGAAAUGACUGAAUGCCUGCGGGCAGCCAGGAAAGACCUCAAAGUCUUUGGUAACUACCCGAAGAUGAUGAUGACACAGGUGUCCAAGUCACUGCAGGCUACACGAGUCUUUCUGCAGGCGCUCAACCUGGGGAUCGAGGUGAUAAACACUACUGACCACUUAAAAUUCAGCAAGGAGUGUGGACGAGCACUGCUAAAGAUGUGGUACUGCUCUCACUGCCAGGGGCUCCUCCAGACCAAGCCCUGUGCCAGCUACUGUGGCUUGGCGAUGCAAGGAUGCUUGGCGGGUGUUGUGGAGAUCGAUAACCACUGGCGAGAGUACAUCAAGUCGCUGGAGGGGCUGACCAAAGGCAUGCGUGGCAUCUAUGACAUGGAGCAUGUCCUCCUGAACCUCUUCUCAAUGGUGCGGGAUGCGAUCAUCUAUGUGCAGAAGAACAAAGGAAAGCUCUCAACAACCAUUGGCCGGUUGUGCGGCCACGCUCAGCAGAGGCAGUAUCGAUCAGCUAAUUACCCCGAAGACCUCUUCAUUGACAAGAAAGUCCUGAAGGUGACUCACAUCGAGCAAGAAGAAACUUUGUCAAGCCGGAGGAGGGAACUCAUUACGAAGCUGAAGUCCUACAGCAGUUUUUACAGCAGCUUGCCAGAGUACAUCUGCAACCACAGCUCUGCAGUUCAGAAUGACACUCUUUGCUGGAAUGGACAAGAAGUCGUGGAGAGGUACAGUCCCCUAAUCACAAGAAACGGAGCAAAAGCUCAGCCUGGCAACCAUGAGAUGAAGAUGAAAGGUGAUCAGCCAGUGAUCAGCCAGAUUAUUGACAAGCUGAAACACAUCAACCAGCUGCUCAAAGGGAUGGCUUUGCCUCGCCGAAAAGCUCCAGGCAAAACCCCACAGGAGGAAGAGGAGAGUGGAGACUGCGAUGAUGAAGAUGACUGCGGCAGAGGUUCUGGGGAUGGAGAGCUGCGAGUGAGGAACCAGCUCCGAUUCUUAGCAGAGCUGGCCUAUGACCUGGAUAUGGACGACACCUCUGCAAACAAGCAGCUUCUGAACCAGCAAAGCAAAGACAGUGCCGCGGUCCCCAGCAGCGACCCCGGGAGUACAGUCCCCCGCCCUGGCCCUGCCGCUGCCAUCACCAUGGCCCUGCCACUGCUGCUGAGCCACUGGCUGUGAGCCAUGCUGGCGGCAUCACUCUGUCUCUCCAUGCCUUUUUUUUAACGAGGAAGACAUUAGGAAUGUCUCCUGAAGUAUAUGCACAUUUCCAAAGACAGGGCGAAUUACUUGAGUCUGUUUUAUAAAAGAACAUGCUAUCUUCAAACAAAAAAAAAAACACCCCCAAAAAGUGUUUGUUUAUGGUAAACUAUUAAAUGCAUAACAGUGCUUUUUAAAGAUAAUCUUGUUUAAUAUAAGAAGGUUGAUACUGAAUUGUGUUCCUCAUAGCUUUUGAAGACUGAGGUCUCCCUUGCUGUUAAGCUGAAGACCAUAUUUCAUUUUGAGUUGUUCAAACGUGCAUGGGGUACGAUUUAUGAAAUACUCUCAGCAAAUAUCAGCCCCCCUGAUCCUAGUUGACUUAAUACAUAUUUUGUCUGCACUUCAAGUAAUUUUUAUACUUCAAAUUUGAGGCUCACCCCUAGGAAUCUGGCCAGGCAGAUAAUGCAGAUGACAUGUGAAGAUGGGAGAGAGAAGGUCAGACUUAACGCAGGAGUAAAGAUGAUGCAGAAGAGGAGUUGUCACACACUGGGAUUGUCAUGAAGACGUGCUCCUGUGGGCAUGAAGCACACUUGCGUUGUGGCAAGUUGCGGGUGAUUUUUCUGCUUGCCUCCCAGCCAGGUCCUGUUAAGCCCUUCCGUGCAAGUGACCGGUCUCCUCCGGCAUCCCUGUGGCCCAUGCAAUGCCCUGGUUUUAUCCUUCAGAAGCAAAGCAGUUCCUUUCCCACGGGAAAUCUGCAAACACAACUCCAGCCAAAGGACAGACGGUGUGGCUGUACACGCUGUGCAUUAUGGGGAUGAAUAAUGGGCAUCCAACUCGUUGUGCUGUGAGGGAGGAGAAGAGAAGGAUUUUUCAGGAGCCUGAGGCAGAUGAGGCCCUCACUCACGUGUUUCUUUGCAUGUUACUUUACUUAAGCUAUCUUUACAAUAAAGGUCAGUUGCUCUAUAAAUGGUGUGCUGGAAGCAGCCUCCCAUGUGUAUGAGGUGAUGCACUGCCUUCUUCCUGGGGUGGGCAGCCUGGAAAGGCCAUCAGUGCCUGACUCGUGGGUACCAUGGAAAGGCUUGGCUUAGUCAGGUGAAACAGACGGCUGGGGCCAGGGAGUGUUUGGUUUGGUUCCUGGCCAAAAUGGUUACAUAUUUCUGUUUAAGAUGCUGCCUUUACUGGAGUGAUUAUAUCCACAGUAUCUUAAGCCGCAGUGUGUGCGUGUAUGCACACUCACAUGCACGUGCAUGCUUUAAAUAUUUAUGUGCCUCAGACCUUUUUAAAAGUAUGUUGGGGGAAAAUAGAUAAAUCCGAACCAUCAGAUGGUUUGGAGAGUGGAAACUUUGACUGUUUUUACUUCGAAGUGGUGGGGCUGAUCUGGCUGAGGAUGAUUUGAAGCCCUGUGACAAGCUGUGGCACAGGGAGGGCUGACUGCUCCCCUCACUUCUCUUGCUGGGGAUGUUAACUCCAGAUUCACUGCUCCUGGAGAGAAGUGGAUCCGGGCUAAGCACUGGCGGGACCUGCCGGUUAAUGGCUCUCCGAGUUUCAAACCCCUUGUGUUCCAUCCACACUGGGUGGACACCAGGGAUGUUUGGGCAGCAGUGGCGCCUUACGGUAUUCCUAUAAGUGCUGAAUUCUUAUAUCCAUGCCUGUGUGAUGCAUAUUUGUGUAUGCAUAUGUCUUUUACAUCUUCACAAAGCAAAUUGCAGUCCUUUCCGUCUCUUGGGAUUGCCGCUCACCAGGGAACCCUCAGGUUGAAGGGCUGCCAGUGCAUGGGGAUGGUGCAGAGGAGAGCCAUUGGUGUUGCUGGCAGAGACAUUUCUUGACCCUCCUGCUACUUCGCUCAUGCAUUGACCCAGUUCCCCCUAUCAUCCCUGCUCUCUGCGCUGCAGCUGGCUGUGCCCAUGACCCUCUGCUCCACCAAAGGGAAUUUUUGAUUAGUGCCACUUGAAUUUCCAUCACUUCUUCCCUUCUGAUCAUUUCCUUUCAUCCUCCAGGAGCGUUGGGGGUGGGAAUGUACUGCUGGUUUUGUUCAGAGAUGAUGCACUGCUUCUGCCUCGCCAGGUAUUACUGGUACCAGCACAGGGACCUUCGUUCCUCUAAUGUUGUGUCGGAAAUGUUCUGUGUGCUUCUUCCUUAGAUAAGCAGCAGGAUGGGAUGGUGACGCCGGCUCUUGUACAGUGAGAGCCCAGCCUGCUUGCUUUCUCUCACAGGGAGGUGGAGCGGGUUAUGCCUUGCUGUGCAUCUCACAAAGCCUGAUGGUUUUCCCACUCUGCAUCACCACAGUGCAAUGCUGGUGCUUGUCCGCAGAAGACCCCUCUGGAGCACGUGGAGCCUGCUUUCCCAUUGUGCAGACGUGCUGUUUAGCAAAGCUGUGCUUGUUGGAGGCUUUGUUAUGACAAGAGAUCACAAAAAAAGCAACCUUUGAGCCCAUUACCUGACAUGUAUAAUUUAGUGCUUUAUAACUUGGAAAAAAAAGCUGUUGCAUUUUAUCCUGCAGUGGAUUUGUGUGCAUGCUUUAACAAAGGUUUUUGCACGGGUUGUCCUGGCCACCAAGGUGAAGUAAAGCUGGUGUUCAAUUCUGGGCGGUGUUUCGGUCCCAUGUCAUGAGAAGUAAGGAAUAAUUGUUCCCUGUUUGUUUCUCCACACCACUUCUACUUACCAACGCCUGUCUUGCACUGAGAUGAGACAUCUCCAUUGGGAGAUGAGCACUGUGACACUGGUGUGUGUACUUGGUGUUCCACACCUUGUCCCAGGUUUAACUGCUAACAUGCAGUUUCAUUUUUAAUUUAUUAUUAGCAGUGUGUAUAUAUAUUAGUGUAUAUAUCAGCAAUGUGCAUAUGUAUCUUAUAUACAUAAUAUACGUAUGUGAGCCAUGGAAGAGUGGAGAUUGAGCUGACAGUUGAGGCUGUGGCGGUAUCUUGGCCAUGCUCACAGCACCAUGAUAACGUGGCCAUGUGGCUCAAGCACUGGUGGUGGCCCCGUCUGGCCAGUGAGAUGUGUGGCCAGAGUAAAUAUCGGCCUGGUUUUCUGCCUGUGGGAAAAGCAGCCGAACAGAGGGGUUUAUGUUGUAGAGAUGCUUCUGGAGAAAAAAAGAAUUUUAAAAAAAACCCUUUCUAGACAAUUUCCAGAGCUAGUCUUGGGCUCUCUCUGGCUUUGACCCCUGAGUCUCCCCGUGCAGAACCACGGGCACAACGUGGCUGCCCUCCAUCUGCCAGCACCGUGUUCCACUGGUGCCUCGCAUGCUCAGCGCUUUGUGUCGGUGCCAUCCAAAGGUCCAGCGACCUUAGGGAAGGAUCCCCGUCUCAGCUGGUUGAGCCCUUGCCCCCUGCCAGUUAACUUUAACGCUUUCUAGCCAGUUUUGCAACUCUUGCUGAACUCUGGUGGCAGCAGCAGGGUGGCCAGGAGCCACCUGCCGCCCGGCACAUCCCACGCGCAGGCAGCGGUGAGCAGCAUCACGCCACACACAGAACCAGCACGUCUCUCAGUAAGUUUGCAAGUGGCCUUGAAAAGGUGGCGAAGCCGGCACCUUUCCCCAUGUCUGAGGGCGGUGGUGAGAUGCAAACAUGUGCUUAGCAUGUGUAAUGUAUUUCUCUACUAACCGUGCAUCAAAUUAUAAUUUAAAACAAAAAUAUUUUUGUUGGAUGGGAAGUCCCAGUUCAUUAAUCAAUUGACUAAUAGUCUAGCGCUGGAAUGCUACAACCUAACGCACUGAACAGCUGCUAGAAACAGCUGGUGCUUACGGCUCAUGCUGGUUUAGGAAGUGAAACCUCGAAUGUCUCAGUUUUGUUUUCAGGGACUUUUUCAGGAUCGCUCAUUCAUCUUCACGAGCAAAGCCUCAAGCGCUCUGGAGUGGGGACCCAGUGGGCGUAUGGGACUGGAUUCACUGGGGCUCCCAAUUGAAACAAAAUCCCCUUUGCACGGAGGACGCAGAGCACCAGCCACGUCUGCAAACGUGGCAGCUGGACACAGGAGUGUUCCCGCAGGUUUGUGUGAGGGAGACACAGGUAAUGCUGUGCUGUCAGGUGUUUGGGUUUGCUUUUGAGUCAGAACUGGUGUGUGCCAAGCUAUGAGUACAACAAGGGAGAUGCCUCCAUCCAUGUGGGCAAUUCCUGGUGGCUUCCCAGCUUUGGAGGGUGUACAGUUGGGGCACAGGCCAGUGUCGUGGUGAGAUGGCACACUGGGGAUGCUGUGCUGGGAAGGGAGGAGGUGACUGCCUUGCACUGCUUUCUGCCCUGCUUUCUUGGCAGCCCCUGGUCUGCGUUGAGACCUCCACAGUCGCAUGGGAGGUAGGGAUGGUGGGAGCAGAAGAGGCAUUGGGAAGAGGGAGAUGAGCAAGCUGCUGGUGGGACCAGACAUGGGUUGUUGCAUGUCUCUAAAGUAAAAUACAGGAAACCACACAAAGACCUCAAAAUACUUGAAAUAGUGCCACAUGUGCUGCUGAGAUGCCUCCUUCCAGUCUUGGAGCACGUAGCUCAGUGGUGGGACCAGCCGUGGCCAAUCCUGCCAUGCAGGCUCUCUAGCUCACCUAAGCUACAACAUCUCAGAAAUAUUAUUUGGUUCCCAAACACUUGAGUGCCCAGGUGGGAAUUUCCCUGAUCUUUCAUCAGCACUACAGUUUUAUCAUUGACAAACACUGCUAAAGCCUUACCAGACCAUGAGCCACAUGGCCCAGAAGCAGGUGUCUGUUCCCAGAAAUCCAGAGAUAUUUUCAGUGUGAGCUUUGCAGCUGUGGGUCACUCAGCUAGAUGUCAGCAAAUUCACAAAUCCUCCUUUUACAUUAUUUGUUGCUUUAGCAGAGAGCCAGGUAUGGAGGGAGUGAGGGGAUGAACUCCCCAGCCAGAGGGGAAUGAGGUGAAAUCAUCAUGUUGGAGCAUGCUCACUGGUCCUUAGCGUGGAAAUUUGAGGUUUCUAUUAGGGGCAUAGUGAAACUAUCCAUGUGAAGACAAGUGGUAGGUUUUGUUUGGCUCCAGCCUGUGGCUUGCUCAUGGGAGACCUCACUAAGAGGUAAAUGUGGGGGGAAGUGAACCAAAAACAACCCCCUAAAUAAGCUUGUCAAAAUGUUACUGAAGGACAUUCCCAGGAGAUGAAGUAACUGAAAUUUUGAUAUAGGCAGAUGAAGCACCCCUGGCAUGUUUAUACAGUCAGCGAAUUUACUGCCUUCAAAAACCCCACAGAAAAAUAGGCAAUAUUAAUCAAAUAUAAUUUGUUUAGUCAAACAUUGUUUCCUUUUGAAAAUAAACAUCUUGGUGUUGUUUUGCUUUGCCGUGCUAGGAUCUGAAGCACACAUCCAUGCCUCUGGGCUGUAUCCCACAGUCCUUCCCAAAGGCUACUGCCAUUCCCGCAAAAGCUAUCAAGGCUCCCUGUGAAGCGGGUGCCAGCCCUUGUGGCUCAAAGAAUGUUUGGAGAGUCAAAAAACACAUGCUUGCUGCUGUGGGUUUUUCCUCCUGCGCACCGCGCAGUGGGGUGGGAGCUGGUGCUGGUAUCCAAGAGCACUCCACGGGAAAGGAAAGUCCCCAUUACAGACUAUCCGAGGUUAUUUCAGAUGCCCUUUGGUGGCCACAGGGAUACAGAAAACUUAUCCUGAUUGCUCCAGCACGUUCCUAACGCUGAAGCCCAGACUUUGUGUAAUGGAAGGACAUAUCUAGCCUCGAGCCCCAGUUUAGUGGCUGGGGGCCUCCCUCGUAGGUGCCCAGCAGAGACCUCAGCAACAGCUUGCAACAAGCCAACACAUUUGAGGAUCUCUGCCAGCAGUUUUUGUUUGCUUUUGCUCUCCUCUUUGCUGUUAUUAUUUCAGUGCGUAAAGAUGCUGCAUGUCCAGAAAGGAAAUCGCUGCUAGAUCCGAGCGGCGCGACCACCCUUCGCAUCUAGCUCUCUGCAGGCAAAUCACUAAGAAGAAAUUGAAAACCCUCCUGUAGCAGCCUGUAUCCUUUCAGCGUCAUAUUAUAUUACCAUCCACCGUGUUCGCAAAUGGGAAAAUAAACAUGGGGUGGAUAGCAAAGCAAGAGGCUGUUUAAUUACAGAUGUUAAGAAGAAUGAUGUUUGUGUACAUUCCACGCAGAAGUGGAUUAAAGUGGUGACCUUUCCCGUGGUGUGAAGCGGGUUUGUUGUGGAGUGCAGGCAUCUCUUGUCACUUCAAGAUCUGCCAGAUAUUUUGUUGCCCCCAUUGUUUAUGGUUAACAUUAGAUGAUGUCUCUUGAAGCUGAAUCUUUGCAGCUGACAGUGUUUUCUGAGAACUUGUCAUCUGGACUCUAUCGAGCAAAAUUCCUGGUAUUGGGUGUAUUUGUUUCCAUUUGAGGGAAAAACAAUGUUUUCUGGAAAAAAAAAGAAAAAGUGAAGGGAGGACAGUGAGCUGAAACCCGCAGAAGGAUCCAGGAUUUGGCCCAGGGUGCCAGACCCAUGGUGUAAGUCAGUGGUGUUGCCUGUCAAUGGGUGUGUGAUAAAUACCUCCCGAGCGUGGUAGAUGCUUUGCCGUGGCAGAGACAGAGAGGAGCUGGGGCCCAGUUUGCCAUGUACGUCCUCCUGCAAGCAAGUCAGAGGAGAAGGAUGCUGUUUUCAGCCCACCAAGAAGCAAUGCUUAUUGCUUCUUUGCACUCCUUCUAGCAGGUCUUUUGCUCCAGGUCAGUAUUUACUGUGCCAAGCCUGCAACCAGCCACUAUCUCCGCUGGUGGAGAUAAUAAAGCAGGAGGGCAAGGGAAGAGGAGCUUUCACACUGGCAUUGCCAACCUCAGUGGUGUGAAAUCCCCAGCAAAGAACUUGCUCAUCACCUUGCUGCACAUCAGAGCAAGCCCAGGCUGAGCACUACAACCAAAGUGGCCCAUGGAAACUCUUACUAGCACUUCCAGCAGGUGUUGGUGGCUCGGAGGGCCAGGCUGGGCAGCACAGAGCAGAAAGAUGCUAUCUGGCCGAGGACCAAAGGCACUAAUUGGCUUGGGUAAUUGUAGACUUAUGUCAGACUGUCUGCACGUGGACACUGAUUUGGUAGCGAAUGACUGAUGGCAGCGAGGGGGGCACUCGGUGCCUGUGGCCAGCAGCUCAUUCCUUAAUUGCUGGCUCUUAGCAAUUUACAGCAACAGGAUUAUGGGUGGUGCUGCCCGGCGCUCGCUGUUAGCCAGCCUUGCCUUGUUUUGGAGAACCAGCCACUGGAGCCGUCUCUUUCUGAACCUGGUGCAUCUAUGUGUGAAGGGCUGGAGUAUAUAGCAAUCCCUGUGUUGUUUCCCCACGGCACCAGGGUGAGGCAUGGGGUGCAAAGCCCUGGUCCCUGAUGAUAUUACUAGAGGCACAAUUUAACUCUGGUAUCACUUAGCAGAGAGGGAAGGUGUGGGCAGUGUGCCGCAGCUGCCUGCUUACAUCUGUGGGUGCAAGGAGCCUGGCAUCUGAGUGCUUUAUAGAGGGUGCAUGGGGGCUGCUUUGCAGUUAUGCAAACUGGAGCCUGGAAAAAUGGAAGUCUUCCCUAAACCAGGAAAUACUGAAACCUUUCCUUUUUAUUCUCUCAUUUUGUUGAUUUUUCCUAUUGUGAAACGCAGAGCCGCGUCUCUUCCCGAUAUGUCACAAGUGCAUUUGGUGGCAUCUCCAUCCAAGUCAGGGAAUGUUGGUGCCAUCCCAGAGGCUCUGCUGCCCUGCCUGCGGCUGCCGCAGUUCCCCGCGGCUCACAGCACUGCCCUAGCCCUGUGCGACGGGACUUCUCUGCCACAGGCUGGUUCACACCUUGCAGCUUGUGUUAAGAGCCCCACUGGAGCUUUUCUGGGGCUGCUGUGGUUAAAGACAUGAGAAAAAACACUUGCAGAGGAUGGGGGGGGGAUGAGCGUGUUCAUCACAGUCCUGCUUUCCUGCCUGCAAUAUCACCAGUUUGGUAGAAGCAGCUGGGAUGGCUGCACCUUCCUUUUGCCUCCAGGAGCUCAAGUCCAGCAGCUGCAUUUCAGUAGCUGGCAGCUCCGUAAAUUGUCCCCCACUAACGGCUGCUGCUGCUUUCUGGCCCAGCUGUAGUCGUGUGGGAAUAUAUGGAGGGUUGGUGACUUGGGGAGGAACCACUGAGUCCCACGCACGCUGAGGUCACUGGUGGGGGGACAGCAGGACUGUCCUUGCCCUCUCACUGCCUUGAGAUGCUCCUGCAGUGAGUGAGGGAGACCGAGGCCUCGACUAGGAAAUGGUGACCCCCCUUUUUAGGCCACGGUAGAGGUUACACCUCUUGAAAAGGUGCAGGGGAGAGGGAAUUCAUGUCUGCAGCCUCUGCUUCAGCCCACGACGAUGCUGCUGAGGGGCUGGACCAGCCCAGGGGUCCAUAGUGAAAGGGUGCUUUGGGAAGGAAAAUUAUCAGCAUAACAGGAGUUGUAUUCAGACAGUGGUGCUCUGUUGGGAAAUGGUUAAGUGAAAAAGGACAUGAGAAUGUUGAAAAAUGGAUUGAGGAAUGGUUAAGUGAACAAGGACAUGAUUCAAUAGAAAGGCUUUGUGAGACACGUAUUGUGUAAAGUGGAAACCUUGUUAAACUCUGAGUGUAGAUAUGGACUGAAAGAACAAGAAGGCAUACAAGAAGGAAUUUCUAAGAAGAAACUUUUGAAGGACAAGUGAAUCUUUCCCAAGGAAACAGGAUGGAGCACUGAGCUCAGCUGUAACUGUAACAUACCUGCAAGAAGAUACAUGAAACUCAAAGUAACAAUAUAGUAAUAAUGAAUUAACAAAGGACAAUGAAUCAAUAAUGAAUUAACAAAAGACAAUGAAUCAAUAAAGAGCAAAUAGUUUUAAGUAACUAAUCAUGUAUAAGUUGUAACAAAGCAUUAAGGCAUAAAGCAUAA